ACUAUUAUAACCUUAAAGUACAUGUUGUUUUGAAUCUUAAUGAUAAAAACACAUAUAUAGUUAUAAAUAGUUACUUUUACGUUCUUCUUAUUUCACUGGUAGAAAGACAUGGCUAAGUUUAAAUUGAAGAAACCAUCAAAGAGACAGCCAGCUCGCCUGCGUUACAAAAUAGAGAAAAAAGUAAAGGAACAUAAUCGUAAAUUAAAAAAAGAAGCAAAGAAAAAUCCAAAAUCAAAGAAACCUAAGCCUGUUCAGAUUCCAAAUGUAUGUCCAUUUAAAGAGGAUAUAUUGAAAGAGGUUGAGGCUAUUAAAAAGCAUAAAGAAGAGGAAAGACAAAAAAGAAAAGAUAUAGCAAAGUUAGAAAAACAAAAGAAGAUGGAAGAAAAGAAGAAUAGUAAAGUCAGCAUGGAUACAUUGGUAGCAAAUGCUGAAGCAAGAGGAAAAGUUCAUGAUGCAUUCAAAGGCAAUGAAAAUGAAACUGAUACAAUUCAAUUUGGCAAAGAUAGGAGACAGGAGAACUCGCUCAAGACAUAUUACAGAGAGUUCAAAAAGGUCAUAUCAGAAGCUGAAGUUAUUCUAGAGGUGGUAGAUGCAAGGGAUCCUCUAGGUACAAGGUGUGCUCAAGUAGAGGAUGCAGUGAGAGAAUCGGGAAAGAGACUAGUUCUAGUAUUGAACAAGGCUGACUUAGUACCACGCAAUAAUCUAACAAGUUGGCUUAAAUACCUGCGCAGGUCUGCCCCAGCUGUUCCAUUCAAAGCCUCAACACAGGACCAACAGCACAAUCUGGGCAGGAAAAAGAUGAAGCACAUUGUCAAAGAGAAGGAAAUGAAAGGCUCAGCAUGUGUUGGGGCUGAACUCCUGAUGAGUUUACUAGGCAACUACUGCCGUAAUAAAGGUAUAAAGACUUCGAUCACAGUUGGAGUGGUGGGUCUGCCUAAUGUCGGCAAGAGUUCAAUCAUCAACAGUCUUAACAGGUCCAAGGCUUGUAAUGUCGGCAGUGCCCCAGGAGUUACCAAACAAAUGCAGACAGUUCAACUAGACUCGAAGAUCAAGAUCCUCGACAGUCCUGGUAUUGUCUUCCACUCGGGAUCUGAAGGUGAUGCAUCAGUGGCCUUAAAAAACGCCGUCCGUGUGGGCAGUCUCAAGGACCCAGUUACACCGGCCACAGCUAUACUGCAGCGUGCCAAUAAACAGACCCUCAUAGAUCUGUAUAGUAUACCGGAUUUUAGUAAACCACAGGAAUUCUUUGCGAGUGUAGCCUCACGGAUGGGUAGGUUCAGGAAAGGCGGCGUGCCAGAUCAAGAGGCAGCUGCUAGAAUCUUACUCAAUGAUUGGAAUAUUGGAAAGGUGCGGUACUUCACAGAACCGCCCGAAACUUUAGAUACAGAGGUACAUGUGGAAGCGAAGAUCGUCACUGAGAUAGCUAAGGAGUUCGACAUCAACUCGUUCGAGGCGAUGGAAACGGAAGCUAUGGGCCAGCUCGAUGCCCACAGGACAGAUGCGGAAGGAGUUAAGAUAACAAGUACCGGUCCUGUUACACUUCUAGAAGAAAGUAUGCAAGUCGACGAAGAUGAAUCUAGUCUACUUCCUAAGGCACUGAAUAUAAGGUCGAAAUUAGAUAAAAACAAGAAAUCGAAUGAACGCACAAAAGGUGAUCCUGAAAUGCUUUUGGAAGGCAACACCAAGCAGAAUAGAAUGAAAAAAAUGCAGUUCAAAAAGGACAAAAAGAAGAAAGUAAGGAAUGAAAAGAAAGCUGUCGAUCUAGCUGGUGUACUUGAAAAUGUAACUCUAACGUCUGCCCCGAAAAAGGACGGCUACGAUUUCAAAGCAGAUUUCUCGCUUUAAUCUCAUGUUUUACAGGUUAUCAUGAUAAA